CCAGCACGAUACAAUCUUCACCGGUUCCAGUUAAAACACAGCAGCCCGGACCCGAACGCCACAUCCAUCCAGUACAACAGUUAGCCCGCCCACACCUAUAUCAUCUCCCCUAUCUUACCUCCUCUCCCCAUCCACAUCGCUUCCCUCCCCUUACUUCGUCUCCCCCUUCCACUCCUCCCUCCCCAACCUCACAAUAUCAUUCUGCUCCAAAAUCCAGUAUUUACUCGGCGCCCUCCCCCCCUCAAUCAUCUCCACCGCCUUCACCGCCGCCCGCGCAAUAACCUCCCCCUCCUGCGCAAACCUGUCCACCACCCCCCUCCCAAACCACCGCCCAAUCGCCUUGACCACCCCCUGCGCCUGCCCCUCCCCAAGCCUAGCCUGCUCCCUCUCCCCCAGUAUCAACCCCGGCCUGAGUAUCACCGCGUGCUCAAAACCCAACUCCUUGAUCGUAUCCUCCACCCCAAUCUUCAUCUUACUGUACGGCACAUAAUUGCUGAACAAACCCCUCGUCCCACCGCUAGACACAAAAACAAAGGUUUUGGUUCCAGAAUCUUUCGCUGCUCUGGCCAGGGCGACGUUGAGGUCGUGGUCGAUUUUCCACUGGUUUGCUAUGCCGCCUGCGGCGGUGCGGGUGGUGCCGAGGGCGGAGAUGACUGUUUUGGGCGGGGGGGCGAGUGAGGAAAGGGAGGAGGUCCAGAGGUCGGUGUUGGAUUCGAUGAUGGGGGUGAGGGUUGGGCCGGGGGUUUUGGGGGGGCGGCGGGAGAUUGUGGUGACGGGGACGGAGGAGGAGAGGAGGGUGGAGAGGAUGUGGGAGCCUACUAGGCCUGUUGAGCCGAUUAGGAGUGUUGGUUGUUGGGACAUUUUGUGGUGGUGAGGUGGUGAGAUGAUAUCAGGUCUCCCGGAUUAUUGUGGUGAGGAAGAGACGUUCAAAUAGGCGUCGGGACAGAUACGCAACGAGGGACGGGGGAAUCACGGCAGUCCACGGUGCACCACGGAGCUCUUGAUUGAUGGACGUUGGAAACGGCCAGAACAAAUGCGAGCCCCUGUCGUCGCACUGUUAACCGAUGCCGUCAUUGCGUCUUGGCAUAUUUGACGCUCAGCCGAGCUGUCAUGGCAGCAAAUUGAAGGAUUUCGGGACAAUGACAGUGAACAGAAAUUCGGGAUAAUAUAUUACAUGGCCGGCGCAAUCAAGAUCUUUAAACCCGUCUCAACCAUGGGCUAAACCUAAAUCCAAGUAAAAGUCCGGUGGCACAAGAUCAGUCACACCCAACCCUAACCCAGAACAGAUCCAUCAAGGUGCUGUCGCAAACUGAGAAAAAUGGCGGGGCAACCCGCAGCAGUGCGCAAGUAAACUUGGGCGCUCCAAAGAAAAAAAAUCCUAGAGUGAACCCCUCCAUGAACCAGCAUACAACUAUCACCACCACCAUCACCACCACCGCCGCCGCCAAUUCCCGUCGUAUCAUCUUCUCCCGCUUCUUUCCAGAGUCGCAUAUUCUUUCUUCACAUCAAAAUUACCCAAAAUGGAGGCCCCAUCACCAGCGCAAACCCAAACCACCUUCGAGCGCGGCAUCUCCCUCCUCCUCAACCUCUGGCCAGCCCUUACCCUCGCCGUGCAAAACAACUGGGGCGGCCCCGACUCCUCCGACAAACGCGACUGGUUCGCCGGCGCCGUCUCCGAGCUCUUCCCCCCCCUUACUACCUCCACCUCCACCUCCACCUCCCCAUCUGCCCCCUCAGAAGAACCAGACGCCGAAUACAUUGAAGAAUUCCUCCUCAAUGUCAUGCUCGACGAGUUCGAAGUCAACGUCGACGACGACUCCGCCUUCGAGGUAGCCGAGAGCAUCAUCAGGAUCAGGAAGGACUGUCUAAAGGGCAAGUUUGACGAGGUGGAGCAGCUGGGGAGGCGGUAUACCGAAAAGAAGGGAAGUAAAGUGGUUUUUGCAAAGGGGGAGGACCAAGAGGAAGAAGGGGAGUGGGAUACGGAUGAUGAUGAGGAGGAUGAAGAUAUGGAGGAUGCGCCUGCGUUGGUGCAGGCUCCAAGAAGGGAAAAGCAGGAGCCCGAGGUGGAUGAGGAUGGGUUUCAGACUGUCACGAGGAAGAAGAGGUAAUGGUAAUAGAGUGGAAGGGAAAAAAACAAAAAGGGGGGGGGGGG